GGAUGGGGAUGGGAUGGGGAUGGUGAACUGCCCUCUCCAAAGUCUCCCAGUGCAGGAGAGCACCAGUAGGCUUUUAGGUGUUGCAGAGACGCAAAGGGCUGCUGGCCUCAUCCUGCACCCAGUGAGUUAGGAGAUGUGAGUUGUAGCUGCUUUCCAUCACUCCAUUAAUGCCCCUUGGUGGCAAUUUCAUGCAUGGGUGAACAGAGCAGGAUGAGGAAGGCCUCAGUCUGCCCAGUCGUGUGGUGAUAAUUUUGGGGAUAGUGAGAGCAGGAGCCCCCAGCCCGCGUGUCCGGCCCCGCGCUGGGAGCUGAAGGAGCUGCUGUGUUCCGUAGGAGCGCUCUGAGCGCCGGGGAUGCCGGACGGGGAUGCCGGACGGGGCUGUCCCUGGGUGAGCUCCUGCCGGGGGUUCCCACGGCGCCUCCCGCCCGUCCCCCGGAGCCCCCUCCCCACGGGCCGGGGGCGGGGGGUCCGCGCUGCCCCGCGCCCGCCCCCGGGGCCCUGCGGAGGGGCCGCGCUCUGCCGCCCGCCCGGCUACAGCCCAGCCCUGUCCUGUCCCGUCCUGUCCUCUCCUCUCCCGUCCUGCCGCGAUGGAGCGGGCGGCGGGCGAGGCCCUGCCCCUGCUGCCGGCGGCGGGGGGCUCCGCCGGGCUCUCCUCGCCCGGGCUCUCCUCCGCCGGCGCCGUCUUCAUUCUGCUCAAGUCUGCGCUGGGCGCGGGGCUGCUGAGCUUCCCCUGGGCCUUCGGCAGGGCCGGCGGGGCCGUCCCCGCUCUCCUGGUGGAGCUGGGCUCGCUGGUGUUCCUGGUGAGCGGGCUGGCGGUGCUGGGCUAUGCUGCGGCCCUCAGCGCCCAGCCCACCUACCAGGGCGUGGUCCGGGCCGUGUGCGGGGCGGCCGUGGGGAAGCUCUGUGAGGUCUGCUUCCUCCUCAACCUCUUCAUGAUCUCCGUGGCCCUCCUCAGGGUGGUGGGCGACCAGCUGGAGAAACUGUGUGACUCCCUGUACCCCAAUGGGACACUGAGUGGGGCCCCCCAGCUGCCCCCCUGGUACGUGGACCAGCGCUUCACCCUCUCAGCUCUCUGUGUCCUUGUCAUCUUCCCGCUUUCCGUCCCCAGGGAGAUCGGCUUCCAGAAGUACUCCAGCAUCCUGGGCACGCUGGCUGCCUGCUACCUCACUCUGGUCAUCAUCCUGAAAUACUACCUGCAGGCACAGAGCCUGCGUUUGACUGAGCCCCCCCAGCCCUCCAGGUCCUCAUCCUGGACCUCCAUCUUCAGUGUCAUUCCCACCAUCUGCUUUGGCUUCCAGUGCCAUGAGGCAUGUGUGGCCAUCUACAGCAGCAUGCGCAAUCAGAGCAUCUCCCACUGGGUCACCGUCUCUGUGCUCUCCAUGCUAAUUUGUCUGCUCAUCUACUCCCUCACUGGGCUCUAUGGCUACCUGACCUUCGGCGAGGCUGUGGCGUCCGAUGUCCUGAUGUCCUACCCAGGGAAUGACCCGCUUGUCAUCGUUGCCCGCCUGCUCUUUGGUGUCUCCAUUGUCACCAUUUACCCCAUUGUGGUGCUGCUGGGCAGAUCCGUAGUGAAGGACUUGUGGGGAACCCCGAAGUGUGGGGCCGUGGCAGUGUCUGAGGCACACGAGCGGCGGAGCCGGGUGGCACUGACGGUCACCUGGAUGGCUGCCACGCUGGGCAUUGCCCUGUUCGUCCCCGACAUCGGCAAAGUCAUCGAACUCAUCGGGGGUAUCAGCGCCUUCUUCAUCUUCAUCUUCCCAGGGCUGUGCCUCGUGUGCAUGACUGGGACCCACAGCCUUGGGCCACGCAGAAGGGCUGCUCUCAUCGCCUGGGGGGUUCUCUCCAUUCUCAGCGGUGCCUUUGUCUGCGGGCAGAGCGCUGCCCUGGCCGUGCUGGGGCUGCUGCACUGAGUGACCACAGAGCCCCAUCGUGACCCCAGCGUGACCCCCCUGCCAUCCUGCCCCGGACAGAUGCCCCGAACACAGCCGCAGCACUGGAUCCCAUGGCGGUUUUAUUUGGCAUCACCGUUUACAGUGGCUAAUAAAGACA